AAUAAUUAUCAAUAAUUAUCACUAUCGAUAAUGGCUAAAAAAGAUAAGGAAGAACAAAGAAAUAUUCUGGCAACUACAAAACCGGCCCCAUCAAGUGGUACUAGAAAAUUAUUAUUGUCCACCGACGAAAGUCUUGAUGAUGAUUGUGAAAUUGAUCUGGAUGAAGAUGAAGAUGAACAGCAUAAAACACCAUUAAUUAAAGAAUCAAAACUUAAAUUCACGACAAAAUCAUCUAAUAAUAAAAAAAAGAAAUCGGUCAAGUUUGAAUGUAAUGGCAAAUCAAACUCAAUCGAUGAUGAUGAUGACGAAAUAUCAUCGUCUUCAUCAUCUAGAUCAAAACAUUCAUUGAACACACCGCCGCCCAUAACCAUCGGUAAGAUUAAAAUCUUUAAACCUUCACGCCGUCAUCGAUUGCUUCGUGUUCGUCGUUUCUUGAAACAUUGUAUCAGUAUUUUGUUUUGUGUAGCAUUUAUGUUGUUUUUGCUAUUCAAUGCAAAAAAUCUGCCAGAUAUUAUACGUUCAGCUUUUGGUAUACAGCCGUUUUCAUCCAUCAUUAGUAACAAAGAUAAAAGUAUUAAAUGUGAUCAUAUCGUUACCAAAUCAGUGUGGCAACAAAAUUUUCCAAUGUUGACCAUUGAAUCGGCAUUACGUUUGGUCGAUGUAAACAAUGAUACAUAUCUUGAUAUAAUCGUGCCGUUUGGAACCGGAAUCGAUGCAGCUUAUUAUGAUGAUACGUUGUGCCAAAUAUAUUUCAAUCAGACACAGGAAAAAAGUAAAACAGUAGGAUGUGGAGGUGGAGUUAUGGCAUUGAAUGGAAUAAAUGGUGAACCAAUUUGGGCACAGUACACACCUCAUGAAAUGUUUGCUUCGAAUUGUAAUGGUGAUCUUAACAAUGACGGAAUUAAAGAUUGCAUAAUUGGUGGCAGAAUGGCUUCUCUUUUUGCAUUCGAUGGUCGAACUGGCCGAAUUUUCUGGAGUAUCACUUCAAAUUAUGGAGAGCCUGUUUCAGAAACUUCCAAUUUUUACACUCCAUUAAUAAUACCCAAAGAUAUUGAUAGCGAUAAUGUUCCAGAAAUUGUCGUCAUGCAUGGAGGCGAUCCUUUGCGCAAACCAAAUCAACGAGUACGAAAUGUUGCUCGUUUGAUUGUUAUUUCUGGAAAAACUGGUCAAAUACUGAAGUGGAGUUAUGUUCCAAAUAAUGCCGAAAGCUAUUACUCACCACAAUUAUUAGUACAUCCUGAUGGAACUUCGCUAAUACUUUAUGGAACCGGUGGUGAAACACAUCCUGGUGGUUUAUACGUUGUUGGAUUAGAAGCCUUACUUAACGGACAGAUUGAACAUAAUUCACGAGCCAUCUAUCAGGAUUGUUGCAAAGGUGUUAUUGCACCACCAGUUUUGAUUGAUAUAAAUGGUGAUGAUGUUCUCGACAUCAUUCUUGCCAAUUUUAAUUCCACCAUAUUUGCAUUUGACGGUUUUACCUUCGAACAGAUUUGGAAACACGAACUUCCUGGAUCGGAAACCUAUAGCACUCCUUCGAUCGGCUAUUUCAAUGAAGAUGAUGUACCUGAUUUUGGUGUCAUUUAUCAAUUCGGUCCAGGUUUUCCUAUUUAUUAUUACACUGAAUUUCAUAUUCUUGAUGGACGUAAUGGAAAAUCUUUGCUUAAGAAUCCAAUAAGAAUGUCUAUAGGGACUCAAUCAUCUCCAUUAACGGUUUCAACUUUGGCUAGAAAUGAUAUGUUUUUGUUCUGGUAUUCUUCGUGCACCAAUUCUUCGUUAAGCGGGAAUAUCACAGAUGAAAUCAUCAAUAACGAUCCUUUUCAGCUAAGACCUGAUGUGACAGUACAUGAAACAUCACGAGCAGAUUUUUGCCGUAUUAGGUAUGGCGAUAAGGCAAAACAAUACACACAAUUUUUGUCUCUAACCCCACCAAAUAAUUUGGAAAAGAUUUAUGAUUCUCGCACCGAUGAACCGAUUAUCGAGAAAGUGAAUUAUACCGAAAUCAGCUAUGAAUGGUAUCGAAACAAACAAGCUGUUGCCACACAAUCAAAUAUCCCAUCAUCAUAUGAAAAUUGGGCAACUGUUACAAACGUCAACGACGGACGACAAAUGAAUAAUUAUGAUAAUUUACCUGUUGCACAGUCAUAUGGUCGAUAUGAAAAUGAUUUUGCUGGUCAAAACACAUUGGAUAUGUUUAAAAAAUAUAAAAAAUGGUCACAAAAUGAACCUGAUGUCGGUAUUGAUGAUUCGAGUUUGCAAUCACAGCAGCAACAGCAACGACCGAAAAAACAUGUUGGUCUUCAUAAUGGUGAUUCUAUUCAACGAGUCAUAUCGACUGGCACCUUAGCGCCAUCAUUGAAAUCAUAUUCCGAAAAUGAUCAAUUACCGGUUGAUGGCUCAAUCGAUAUUAUAUUUGCAACAUAUUCAUUUCCUCCAUCUUCAAACGUACGUUUAAUGUCCGAUGCAAUGAGAACUUGUGUUCAAAGUUAUUUAGCACAAGAAAAAGAAUUACGAUUGAUAAAUGAUAAUUCACCAUUUAAACAAAUGAACUAUGAUCAUGACGCAUACGAAGCGGCAAUCAAUGAAAUCUGUUCCAAGAAAACGGUUGAUGAUCAAACGACGACAAUGACGAUGGAUGAUGAUCCAGUCAAAAUGAAUGAUUGGAUUCGUGAGAUGGGUUCAAUGACUGUCCAUCGAGUAAAUCUUAAAUGUUUCGAUAAAAUAAAACAGAAACAGAUUCCAAUCAAAGAGUACAAAUAUCAAAGAUGGCCAAGUUAUCUAGGCAUAAUGGCCGAUUCGGUUGCAAAUGUUAUUGAUGAAUGAAAAUGUAAUUGAGAGAAAAUUUUAUUUCGAAAAUUAUUUACAAAUGAAUAAUAA